AUGGAGACGAAGCGGAUCCGGAGGCAGCAGCAGCAACACCAACCAUCUCCAGGUAGCGGUUCCCACGAGCCGGAGAACGAGGAGGGGGCUUCUCAAGCCCCACCGGAGAGGAAGCCUCUUUGGGGCUCGGUGAGGCCCCCGGUGGUCCUCGCCGGCUUCUUGCUGAUGCUCCUGCCUCUCAUCUUCAUCAUCUACAGUCGAACACCUUCCCUGGAUUGGAUUUGUAACUGUAGGGCUGGACGAGUUGAAGGAAGGGCAGAAAGCUUCGAAGCAACGGCAAAACACGGUUCAGAAAAUUGCUCCUUUGCAUCCCCUAACAACACAAAGGCCAAUUUUCUGAAUGAAAAUGACAACAUUCACCAAAAAAAUGUCACAAAGGACAAACUUCUUGGGGGCUUGCUGGCUGCUGGGUUUGAUGAAGGAUCUUGUCUGAGCAGGUACCAAUCUGUUCUGUAUCGCAAAGAAUCACCCCACAAACCUUCUCCUUAUCUAUUGGAAAGGCUAAGAAAACAUGAAGCUCUCCAGAAGAGAUGUGGUCCAAACACCAAGCCGUACAAAAAGGCCAUCGACCGGUUGAAGCCCCUUGGGAAGGGGAAGAAAAGGAAGAAGGGUUACAGCAAUGAGACUACAGAAUGCGGCUACCUGACAGUGAUGCCAUUCAGCGGUUUGGGGAAUAGGAUAAUGUCUAUUACUUCAGCAUUCCUUUAUGCUCUUCUUACAAACAGGGUCUUACUUAUUGAGAGACAUUCAGGCAUAGGUGAUCUCUUCUGCGAACCCUUUCCUGAUACCUCAUGGCUUCUACCACAGGAUUUCUCUCCGAGAAACCAGUUUAGAAGCUUAAGUAAAACCUCUCCUCAGUGUUUCGGGAACAUGCUGAAAAAUAAAGUCAUGGGUAAUGGCAUCAAUGGUUCUUCAAAUGAGUCAUUAUCUCCUUAUGUCUUCCUUAAUCUAGCCAAUGGUUAUAGUGACUUUGACCAGCUUUUCUUCUGCGAAGAUGAUCAACGACUGCUGCGAAAGAUCCCUUGGCUCGUGGUAAGUUCCAACCAAUACUUCGUGCCAGCCCUCUUCUUCAUCCCCACAUUUGAAGAAGAACUUGGUCGGUUAUUCCCUGAGAGAGAUACUGUUUUCCAUCAUUUGGGACGUUAUCUUUUCCACCCUACAAACCCGGUGUGGGGUUUGAUUACCAGGUCUUAUGAAUCUUAUUUAACCAAGGCUGAUGAACGAGUGGGUUUACAGAUCAGAGUCUUCAAUGGAAGAACCAAUCCACUUGAGUACUUGAAUCGGAUCCUUAAAUGUGCACUAGAGGAAAAGCUGCUGCCCAAUAUCAGUCUCCAUGGACCUGUGGUUUCAACUAGUACUGGUGCCAAGUCCAAAGUCGUGCUCAUAACUUCUUUGGAUUCUACGUACUUUGAGAAGAUAAGGAGAAUGUAUUGGGAGCAUCCAACAGCGACUGGUGAGAUCAUUAGUGUCUAUCAGCCGAGCCAUGAAGGAGCCGAGCAGACGGGGAACACGACGCAUGAGAUGAAAGCAUGGGCAGAGAUCUAUCUCUUGAGCUUGUGUGAUACGUUGGUCACCUCCACUUGGUCCACAUUUGGGUAUGUGGCUCAAGGACUUGCUGGUCUAAAGCCAUUGAUUACAAUGAUACCGAGUAAUCCUGAUUGUCGUCUAGCCAUGUCCAUGGAACCUUGUUACCACUUUCCUCCCUUCUAUGGUUGCAAGGCAGCAAACACCAGUGUUGACGCAGGAGCUGUACUCCCGUACGUGAGGCAUUGUGAGGACAUGAAGAAUGGCCUUAAGCUGGUCUGA